CUCUACGUCCCCCGCCCUACGCUUGUCGAGCGUUUCCGCCAAGAUGGUUGUCGGUGCCUUCCCUAUCGCCAAGCUCCUGUACCUCGGAGUAAGGCAGAUGAGCAAGCCUAUAGCGAACCGAAUAAAAGCAGGAGCCCGGAGAAGCGAGUUCUUUAAGAAUUACAUCUGUCUGCCCCCGGCACAGAUUUACCACUGGAUCGAGAUGAGAACGAAGAUGCGGAUCAUGGGUUUUCGGGGUGCCACCAUUAAGCCUCUGAACGAGGAACUGGCUGCGGAGCUGGGCGCAGAGCUGCUGGGAGAGGGAAUCAUCUUCAUCAUCGGGGGUGGCUGCAUGGUGCUGGAGUACAGCAGGCAGGCCGCCAACUCCCGCCGCAAAGAAGAGGAGCAGAACGAGGUCAUCAUAAGCCUACAAACUCAGAUGGCAGAUCUCGCAAUAACCACAGAGACUCUCGACGCUCGGCUCAGAGAGAUCAACAGACAACUCGUGUCCUUUCCUCUUCCAAACAAAAAGUGAUUCAAUGGGUUAUUUGCUAUGUGACAUGACCCUGUUUGUUGUGUGAAAAAACAACAGUACACAAACAUAGUACUUCCAUGUGUACAGCUUGAUAUGCCCAUUGGGUUGGGUAGAAAGGGUGGAUACAAAUCAGGGAGCUCUGGAUGUGGGUGCUCGAGCUGUAAAAGGAGAUUGCUAUGAUAUUCAUAGUGUAUUCCUGUGGUUGAUCUUGCAUGUUCAUUAUUAAGUUGUACAUAAACAUUUGCAAUAAAUUGCGAUGGCACCCUUGAAAUAUAAUAUAUUUUACAAAAGCUCCAGAAAAUAACUUUCCUCUGAUUUCCAGUAUUUCACUGACCUUAAUAUUUUCAUGCUCCAUUUCAUGCUUCGAUUGUGGGAUUAUUUUAUGAUGAUAAUUAGCAUCUUGUGCACUUGUAUUAAAGGACGAAAACCCCCAAAUAUAUAUUGGGACACAUUUUUGGAUUUCUUUAAAAGAGGGUUGCCAUACAGGGUCAUGGACAUGUGGUGGUGUAUUGACACUGUAAUUCCCUUUUUAUGGUUCAUGUACAUUGGAUGUGAUGAACACUGUAAAAGGAUGGUGUAAAAUAAAAUGGUUCCCUGUCUGAUAA